AUGCCAAUGGCAAAUAACAAAACACAAUGUUUCACAUGUAAUAAAGAAAAAAUUACAUAUUCUUGUAAAGGAUGUUCAAAAGAAUUUUGCUUUAUGGAUUUAGCAGAACAUCACAAAAGAUUAAAUGAAGAAUUACAUAAUAUCAUUGAUGAUUAUAAUGCAUUUAAAGAAAGAAUUAAUCAACAAAAACAAAAUCCACAAAAUCAUGCAUUAAUAAAUCAAAUUGACCAAUGGGAAAUAGAUUCAAUUGAAAUAAUUCAACAAAAAGCGAAAGAGUGUAGAGAAAUUCUCAUUAAAUUAUCUCAAACAUGUAUUAAUGAUAUUGAGAAGAAAUUCAAUGAUUUAACGGAACAAAUACAACAACUUCAGAAAGAAAAUGAUUUUAAUGAAAUUAAUUUCAAUUAUUUAACAAAUCAAUUAAUAGAAAUUACAGAAGAAUUAAAUAAUCCGUCAAAUAUUUCUAUUCAACGAGAAUCACAAUCAUUUAUGAAGGAGAUUUCAAUUGUUUUAUCAAAAAAAUCAAAAUUCAAUAAAUGGAAACAAAAUGGCAUUACUGUAGCUGGUGGAAAUGGAGAAGGAAAAGAAUUAAAUCAAGUCAAUCGCCCUACAGGAAUCCUUAUUGACAAAAAGAAAAAUAUUUUCAUCGCUGAUUCUUAUAAUCAUCGUGUUGUUGAAUGGAAAUAUAAUUCAAAGGAAGGAAAAAUUGUUGCUGGUGGAAAUGGGGAAGGACAUCGAAUAAAUCAAUUGAACUACCCAACAGAUGUGAUUGUUGAUCAACAAAAUCAGGCGGUCAUCAUUGCUGAUUAUAAUAACAGACGAGUGAUCCAAUGGUUGAAUCAAAAUCAACAAAUUCUCAUCGAUAAUAUUGACUGUUAUGGCCUAGCAAUGGAUAAAAAUGAAUUUCUUUAUAUUUCUGAUUAUCAGAUGGAUGAAGUGAGACGGUGGAAAAUGGGUGAAUACAACAACGAAGGAAUUUUAGUUGCAGGUGGAAAUGGUGAAGGACAGAAACUCAAUCAUCCUACUUUUAUGUUUGUUGAUGAAGACCAAUCGAUUUAUGUAUCAGAUCAGUUCAAUCAUCGUGUAAUGAAAUGGAAAAAAGGUGCAAAAGAAGGAACAAUUGUUGCUGGAGGAAAUGGUCAAGGAAGAAAUCUCAAUCAAUUGUCUUAUCCUCGAGGAGUAAUUGUUGAUCAUUUGGGUCACAUCUAUGUGGCAGAUAGUCAGAAUCAUCGAAUAAUGCGCUGGUGUGAUGGAGAAGAAGAAGGUGAAAUUGUUGUUGGUGGAAAUGGAAAAGGAAGUCAAUCAAAUCAACUGAAUAAUCCUUAUGGAGAUUAUGACAAUGAAGGAAUUAUAGUGGCAGGUGGAAAUGGACAAGGACAUAAACUCGAUCAAUUCAAUUGUCCGACUUUUAUCUUUGUUGAUGAAGAUCAAUCUGUUUAUGUAUCGGAUAGAUACAAUAAUCGUGUAAUGAAAUGGAGAAAAGGUGCAAAAGAAGGAGCAAUUGUAGCUGGAGGAAAUGGUGAAGGAAGAAAUCUCAAUCACUUGUCUUUACCUGAAGGAAUAGUUGUUGAUGAUUUGGGUCAAAUUUAUGUGGCUGAUCUUGGGAAUGAUCGAAUAAUGCGGUGGUGUGAAGGGAAAGAAGAAGGUGAAGUUGUUGUUAGUGGAAAUGGUGAAGAACAUCAGUUGGAUGGUCCUGUGGGCCUAUUUUUUGAUGAUGGAGGAAAUCUUUAUGUUACGGAUCAUUUUAAUCAUCGAAUUGUAAAAUUUGAAGUAGUUUUGUAA